UCGCCACCCGCCAUGGCGUCUCAGCUCCGGCUUCGCUUCGCGCUGGCUCUGGUCACAGGUGCUGGUAGUGGCAUCGGCCGAGCAGUGGGUGUGCGCCUGGCCGCUGAGGGGGCCACUGUGGCCGCUUGCGACCUGGACGGGGCAGCGGCACGGGAGACGGUGCGGCUGCUGGGAGGGCCGGGAAGCCACGAGGGGGCACCCCGCGGGGCCCACGCAGCCUUCCAGGCUGACGUGUCCGAGGCCGGGGCCGUCAGGCGCCUGCUGGAUCAAGUGCAGGCCUGCUUUUCUCGCCCGCCAUCUGUCGUUGUGUCCUGUGCGGGCAUCACCAGGGAUGAGUUUCUGCUCCACAUGUCUGAGGAUGACUGGGACAAAGUCAUAGCUGUCAACCUCAAGGGCAUCUUUCUAGUCACUCAGGCUGCAGCCCAAGCCCUGGUGUCCAGUGGCUGUCCUGGCUCCAUCAUCAACAUCAGUAGCAUCGUAGGGAAGGUGGGGAACGUGGGACAGACAAACUACGCAGCAUCCAAGGCUGGAGUGGUUGGGCUGACCCAGACUGCAGCCCGGGAGCUUGGACGACAUGGGAUCCGCUGUAACUCUGUCCUCCCAGGGUUCAUUAAAACACCCAUGACACAGAAAGUGCCACAGAAGGUACUGGACAAGGUGACUGGAAUGAUCCCACUGGGACAUAUGGGGGACCCUGAGGAUGUGGCAGAUGUGGUCGCGUUCUUGGCAUCUGAAGACAGUGGAUACAUCACAGGGGCGUCAGUGGAAGUCACUGCUGCAGCCGGCCGGGGGUCGGAUGGGGGGGAUUAG